CAAACCCAAAAGCGAAAGAGAGACAAACGGUCACGAGUUUGAGAAGCAAAGACACGAUUUCACCAAAUUUUGAGACCGAUGGAUUUCCCGGUAAUCCACGAUGCUGCCUCUGCCGCCAUUAACCACCUUCUAGGUUUAGGGUUUCCUUCUUUCUACUCGGCGGAUCCCCUAGCUCAACGUCAUCGUAAGUUCAGACUCUCUCUCCUCCGCUCCGAUUCCGGAGAAAUUUUGACGCCGGAAUCUUUUUCCGGCGUCUCUUCUCCGUCCAUCUCCGCAACCCUUUCUCCUCUUGAUGCUGCCGCUCCUCCUCCCGUAAAAAAGCGUCGCACCUUUAAAGCUGCUCCUCGGGCCCUAGCUCGCAAAACGAAGUGCAAACCACAUGUUCAUGACAUGGAUGACGGUAACAGUGGUGAGGGUUUUGAUAAUGGCAAAUUUGGUGAUGGAGAUGGGUCUUUUGGUGGUGGGAGAUGGAAUUAUGGUGGUGGUGGAGGAGGGUGGGAUUCGGGUUGGGAGGAGCCUUUGAAUUCGGCGUUCUCCUCGUUUUUUUAUGAAGUGAUUGGGUGGAUUGCCCUCUCUCAUUGUGUUCAUUUCUCUCUGAAGAAGCUAGGUCGCUUUCUCGAGACUUCCGUCAAUGCGCCCGAGAGGGUCGUGCAUUUCGUGAACUUAUCUACCGUUGGGCCUUAGUUUGAUGGGAUGUGAUCUUACUUGUUUUGGUGUCACAGGAUUUGGGAUGGGGAUUCUGUGCUGGAACGGCCUUGGAAAAUUAUUGACCGGUUUCAAGGUGCGUUUGGGUUUGAUCCUCUUUGUGUAUAAAAAUUUAUGUACAGUUGAUCUGUUUGUUGAAUUUGUAACACUAAAUUACUCCUUCAUCAUUCGUAGUUCUGAAUCAGUUGGAAAUGAAAGGCCUCUGUUCUGAGA